CACAAAAAUAAACAUAUUUGCGUCAAAAUAAAGCCGAUGGUGUAGAAAUUCUUAGUAUAUUUGGACACAGAUUUCUAGUGAUAUACAUCUAAAAAUAGUUGAAUUUGAAUACACCUUCAAGGCAUAACGUGUACCAAUGAAAAAUGAUCACGUAUUUGUCAACUGUUUAAUAAUUAUUCCCAGAAAGCUUUAGUAAUUGCAUUAUUCAGCGUCGCGAUGCAUUUACCGUAUGUGAAGUUGGCGAUAUAUUCGCUAACUUUUCUCACCUAUGCGUAUAGUGGAUAUGGUUCGAAUAUGUUGGCUAGUUUACGCGACGCACUUAUAGCGGCAGAGGCCGUGUUCGGAGAUGUUCUCAAGAACGUCGUUCAUGUUGCGAGAAAGUUCAAGGUUGUUCAUGAAGUGUUUGAUGCGGCGGUAGACGAAAAUUGCAUAUACAAAUGUCCUGGAGACAUUAUGCCAUCCAAAAACAAGUUCUAUACUCCCCAAUCAGAUGGAUGCGGAUCACUUGGCUUGAAGAUUGAUACCGAGUACCUACCGGCGGUUGAAAUGGAACUUUGCUGUAACGCGCACGAUAUCUGCUACGAUACCUGUACUAAUGAUAAGGAACUAUGCGACCUGGAUUUCAAACGAUGCUUGUACAAAUACUGCGAUGCGUACGAGAAAAAUGUCGUUGGUGAUCUAGUCGUGAAAGGUUGCAAAGCAGCAGCGAAGAUGCUUUUCACGGGCACAAUAACGCUUGGAUGUAAAUCUUACUUGGAUUCCCAGGCCAGAUCCUGUUAUUGUCCUCCAACGAAGGCGGAAAAAACGUAUGACAAAUCAGACAAAGGUUACGACAAGGCGUACGAAAGGUCUGAUAAGGCUUACGAUAAAUCGGAUAAGUAUUAUGACAAGAAUUACAAGGAGAAGGAUAAGGGAAAGGAUAGAAAUAAUGGUAAAUACGGCUGGAAGCCCGAUCUGUAGAGUGAAGAGUAUAGUAGUAAGAAUAAGGGUAUUUAGUUUUCAGUACAGAUCGCUAUUGAUUAGUGAUUACCAAGAUAAUAAAGUUGAUUACAAACACA